AUGGGCUUUGCCAUGAGGCACCGUUGGUUCAUGGUGCCACUGCUAAUGCAGGCAUGGCUAUCUGCCACCCCUUGCUUUGGUGAGCGUCCCUGCCCUCGGAGCUGCCGAUGUGAUGGCAAGAUUGUAUACUGUGAGUCUAGUGCAUUCCGUGAUGUUCCCAAGAACCUCUCUGGCGGCUGUCAAGGACUGUCUCUGCGGUAUAACAGCUUGGCAAGCCUAAAGGCUGGCCAAUUUGUUGGCCUCAACCAGCUCAUUUGGCUGUACCUGGACCACAAUUAUAUUGCCAAUGUAGAUGCACGUGCUUUUCAAGGGAUACGGAGGCUCAAAGAGCUAAUACUAAGCUCCAAUAAAAUCACACUGCUUCAUAACACCACAUUUCACCUGGUACCAAAUUUGAGGAAUCUGGACCUAUCUUAUAACAAGCUACAGGCUCUACAGCCCGGGCAAUUCCAAGGACUGCGCAAGUUACUCAGCUUGCACAUGCGCUCCAACUCCCUCAAGAAUCUACCCUCUCGCCUUUUUCAGGAUUGCCGAAAUCUUGAGUUCCUUGACCUUGGCUACAACCGCCUGCGCAGCAUUACUCGUAAUUCAAUGUCUGGCCUGCUGAAGCUAACUGAGCUGCAUAUUGAGCAUAACCAAUUCUCCAAAAUCAACUUUUUCAACUUCCCACGCUUCUAUAACUUACGUGCACUUUACCUACAGUGGAACCGCAUUAGGACCAUGAGUGAAGGUCUUACAUGGAUGUGGACAUCAUUGCAGAAGCUGGACCUUUCAGGAAAUGAUCUGCAGGAGAUAGAUGCGGAAGUGUACCGGGCCAUGCCGAAUUUGCAGACGCUUAAUCUGGAUUCAAACAAACUUGUCAAUGUGUCUCAAGAGGCUGUGGAUGCUUGGACCUCUCUGACCGCAAUUAGCCUAGCAGGAAACAUGUGGGAUUGUGGUCCAGUUGUGUGUCCGCUAGUGGCCUGGAUGAGAACCUUCCGUGGAAACAAAGAAAUUAAUAUGAUUUGUGCAUCACCCAAAGAAGUUCAAGGGGAGAAGGUUAUGGAUGCAGUUGAUGCGAAUGGAGUGUGCAGGAUUGCCCCUGCUACGCCAUCAACCAUAUUUGUUCCCUCUACACCUUUUGUCGCCUUUGCUCAGACCCCAGCCAGCUCUUUAGUCCCAACUCUCAAAUCUGGAGACAGUAGAAGGGGCCACGGGACAUCUUUUGAAGGUAGCACUUCUUCAGUUCCCUCUCAGCCUGCUGUCCCUCCACAAGAGCAAGACUUCGAACCGGUAUCAUUCCACAAGAUAGUGGCAGGAAGUGUUGCCCUUUUCCUGUCAGUUGCCAUGAUCCUCCUUGUAAUUUAUGUCUCAUGGAAGCGUUAUCCAAGCAGUGUUAAGCAGCUGCAGGAAAACUCUGCUGCUGCUCGUAAACGUCGGAAAAAGUCACGGGAGACAGAGCGCACACUCAGCACACCAUUGCAGGAGUACUAUGUGGACUACAAGCCUAAUAACACAGAGGGCACAGAUGUGCUGGUCAAUGGUACUGGACCAUGCACCUACACAAUCUCUGGCUCCAGGGAAUGUGAGGUUCCUCAUCAGAUGAGCACUCUGACCUUCUACAGGUACGAGCAGCCCAUUGUGGACUACUGCCAGGCGCAUCAACCCCUGCGGCUCAACAUGAGCUAUGAGGGUCCCCCGCAGAGCCUGGAGGGCCUGGAGGAGCUUCCCUCCCGUGAGAGGAGCACCAUCCAGACUGUGGCCCUUCCGGCCGUGCCUACUAUCAACACGGGCACCACAGGGCCCCGCUCUCCACCCAGCCAGAGAGCACCCAUGGAGGGGCCCAGCAUCCCCUACCCCACCACAGAACGCUCCAUUAACUAUCCAACGACAGAACGAUCCACCAGCACCCUCACUUUUAGACGUUAACGCCCCCACCCUGCUUCCAGAGCAAGGCAUGAUGGGUAAUUUGAAAAGAGGCUGUGGUGAUCCACAUUCUGCCGACAUUAACGCAGCGGCGCAUCCGAAAACUGUGCGCUAACUGUUUCGUGUGAUAAUAGAGAAGUGA